AUACUGAAUUUCAAGAGCAUUGAAUAUCACAGUAUAUCUUUGUAUCAAAAUCAUGCGCCACAUAUUCAUCUAUUUUCAUUCUGUCAUGUCUGAAAACAAAGAUGGGCGAAAACAAACCCCAGUUCCAAGGUUUUGAUGUCUCCCUCAAUGUGCCUGGUCCGCAAUGUAUCGAUGAUGGUGACAGGCUCAAAAGAACUGGAACUGUAUGGACUGCAAGUGCUCACAUAAUAACAGCUGUGAUUGGUUCUGGAGUACUGUCUUUGGCCUGGGCUACUGCACAGCUUGGAUGGAUAGCUGGUCCAACGGCGAUGUUCUUGUUCUCAUUUGUUACAUAUUACACUUCUACUCUUCUGGCAGCUUGCUACCGGUUCGGGGAUCCAGAUUCCGGGAGAAGAAACCAUACUUACAUGGAUGCUGUCCGAGCCUACCUCGGCGGAUUUCAGGUGAAAAUUUGUGGAGCGAUUCAGUACUUGAAUCUUUUUGGAGUUGCCAUCGGUUACACUAUUGAAUCAUCUAAAAGCAUGAUGGCAAUCAAGAGGUCUAAUUGCUUCCAUUCAAAAGGGGAUAACAGUCCUUGCAGAGUUUCAAGCAAUCCUUAUAUGAUUGCAUUUGGAGUGAUGGAAAUAAUUUUCUCUCAAAUUCCAGAUUUUGAUCAAAUAUGGUGGCUUUCAAUUGUUGCAGCAGUAAUGUCCUUUACUUACUCAAGUGUUGGACUAGGACUUGGAAUUGCCAAAGUUGCAGAAACUGGGAAAAUUCGGGGAAGCCUUACAGGAAUAAGCAUUGCAUAUGUGACUCCAAUGGAGAAAAUAUGGAGAAGUUUUCAAGCACUUGGAGCCAUAGCUUUUACUUGUUCUCCCUCCCUUAUUCUUAUUGAAAUUCAGGAUACAAUAAAGUCACCACCAUCAGAGUACAAAACAAUGAAGAAGGCUACACUACUAAGUGUAGUAGUAAUAACCCUUUUCUACAUGUUCUGUGGCUGUUUCGGCUAUGCAGCAUUUGGAGACUUGUCACCUGAAAAUCUCCUAACAGGUUUCGGAUUCUUCAACCCUUAUUGGCUACUCGACAUCGCGAAUGCAACCAUAGUUAUCCACCUUGUUGGUGCAUACCAAGUUUACUGUCAACCCCUUUUCGCCUUCGUCGAAAAAAAAGCAUCAAAACAUUUUCCAGAGAGUAAAUUCAUCACAAAAGAAGUUGAAAUCCCAAUUCCUGGCUUUAAGUCCUUCAAACUCAACCUUUUUCAUUUAGUUUGGCGAACGGUAUUCGUUAUCAUAACAACUAUAAUCUCAAUGCUUAUGCCAUUCUUCAACGACGUUCUUGGGAUUCUUGGUGCAUUCAGUUUCUGGCCUUUAACCGUUUAUUUCCCCGUUGAGAUGUAUAUAGUACAGAAAAAGAUAACAAAAUGGAGUCCGAGAUGGAUUUGUCUUCGAACACUGAGUUUAGCAUGUCUUGUUAUUUCCAUUGCUGCUGCUGCUGGUUCUUUCGCUGGAGUUGCUUCUGAUCUCAAAGUGCAUAAGCCAUUCAAGACUAGUUACUAAUUAUGUUCAAUUUAGACCAAACAACAAAGGACUGAAUAUUAGGAUUUUCAUUUUUAGUUCUUGUUCAUAACAAAACUAAGAGAGUCCAAUGUAAGUAUGUAUUCGUGUGGGGGUAAAUCCAAGUUUCUCCUCAAAUCUUUAAUGCUGUCUACUUCUCUGUUGAAAUAGAGAGCUAGGUCUAUAAGUGCCUUGACUUUUUCGCUGUUUAAGGAAUGUCUUGUACAAAUGCAUGUUCUUGAGAAAUUGUAGUCGUUCCAAACAAUGCUAUAAAAACCGGACCGAUAGUAGUCGAGUUUUAUACUA